CAAAGUAAUAUUUUAUCAUUGGAGUGUCGAAACCUCGAAGGGCGAGAGGAGGAAGAUUCGCUUUGAGAGAGCAGCUUUUUUUUUUUUUUGGAGGUGGAAUAUUAGAUACCCAGCUCUAACGUGAGCUCAUUCAACUGGCAGACUAUGUCAUACUUUCAAUGUUCUUGGACAUUUUAUUUUUCUUCAAUAUUUUUUUUCAUCUCGCUUUUUUCUUGGAUCUUCCUAUGCGCCAAUGCGCCUUUGCGUAUAAGUCCGUGCCAUAGUAAGAAGCUUGAGAAAAGGGGGUUUCCUGUAUGGUGUGUUAACUCUGUUACCAUCCAAUUAUUUCUUUGGGCAUACCUGUUUGCUCGGCUAUCUUCGACAAGAGAAAAGGGGGGGAGCGGUCCUAACAAAUCGAGCUCUACUGGACCCGGAAGUUGGCAAUUCGAGGGAAACGGCAAAGGACGGAAGAAGACUUUGCAGACUGAGUGGGCAAAAAGAAACCGAGACGAAAAAGUCACGGAGCGAUUUCGAACAUUUUUUUUUUAUUAAAAAACAACUAACGGUUUAACAUUUUACAGCCAUG